AUGAAACGAUCCGUACCUCCAGCAGGUUCCAUAUCACCGCCUCUUGUGAAACGCAAGAUCGAAUCCACCACCACAAACAGAGCGGUGGCAAGUUUCUUCAAACCGGCUUCACAAAAAGAGCCAGAGAAAAUUGUAUGGCGGACUGUUGAGAACAGCCUCAUCAUUGGCCGAUAUGACGCAUCCAAUCCAUCGCCUCAACAGCGUACCUUACCUGUGAAGAUUGCCGCCUUCGAUCUCGAUGAUACGCUUAUUGUUCCUAACCAAGGGAAAACGUGGAACAGAUCUGCCACCAGCUGGAAAUGGUGGGAUGCAUGUGUGCCUGGUAGGCUGAAGUCUCUCCACGAUGAGGGCUAUCUCGUCGUCAUUCUCAGCAACCAGUCUACCAUCAGCUUGAAAGAUAAUAAGAAAGCGCUGCAGAGAGACAUGGCGAGCCUUACCAACUUUAAGAGCCAGCUCAGUACUGUCCUCCACCAGCUGGACUUGCCGAUCAGCGUUUAUGCCGCAACGGGCCAGGACAAGUAUCGAAAACCACGGAUUGGUAUGUGGGAGGCGGUCGUGGAGGACUACGAUCUCCAAGCCGAAGGGGCUGUCGAUAUGACGGAAUCGUUCUAUAUCGGUGACGCUGCCGGCAGAGAGAAGACAGAUAAGAGGAGGAAGGAUCAUGCCACGUCCGACAGGUAG